GAAGAGCUGAAGCAGGCGCUCUUGGCUCAGCGCGGCCCGCUGCAAUCCGUAGAGGAACGCGCCGCCGAGCCACCAUCAUGCCUGGGCACUUACAGGAAGGCUUCGGCUGUGUGGUCACCAACCGAUUCGACCAGUUAUUUGACGACGAAUCGGACCCCUUCGAGGUGCUGAAGGCAGCGGAGAACAAGAAAAAAGAAGCCGGCAGGGGUGGCGUUGGGGGCCCUGGGGCCAAGAGCGCAGCUCAGGCGGCGGCCCAGACCAACUCCAACGCGGCAGGCAAACAGCUGCGCAAGGAGUCCCAGAAAGACCGCAAGAACCCGCUGCCCCCUAGCGUUGGCGUGGUUGACAAGAAAGAGGAGACGCAGCCGCCCGUGGCGCCUAAGAAAGAAGGAAUAAGACGAGUUGGAAGAAGACCUGAUCAACAACUUCAGGGUGAAGGGAAAAUAAUUGAUAGAAGACCAGAAAGGCAACCACCUUGUGAACGAAGAUUCGAAAAGCCACUUGAAGAAAAGGGUGAAGGAGGCGAAUUUUCAGUUGAUAGACCGAUUAUUGACCGACCUAUUCGAGGUCGUGGUGGUCUUGGAAGAGGUCGAGGGGGCCGUGGACGUGGAAUGGGCCGAGGAGAUGGAUUUGAUUCUCGUGGCAAACGUGAAUUUGAUAGGCAUAGUGGAAGUGAUAGAUCUUCUUUUUCACAUUACAGUGGCCUGAAGCACGAGGACAAACGUGGAGGUAGCGGAUCUCACAACUGGGGAACUGUCAAAGACGAAUUAACUGACUUGGAUCAAUCAAAUGUGACUGAGGAAACACCUGAAGGUGAAGAACAUCAUCCAGUGGCAGACACUGAAAAUAAGGAGAAUGAUGUUGAAGAGGUAAAAGAGGAGGGUCCAAAAGAGAUGACUUUGGAUGAGUGGAAGGCUAUUCAAAAUAAGGACCGGGCAAAAGUAGAAUUUAAUAUCUGAAAACCAAAUGAAGGUGCUGAUGGGCAGUGGAAGAAGGGAUUUGUUCAUAAAUCAAAGAGUGAAGAGGCUCAUGCUGAGGAUUCAGUUAUGGACCAUCAUUUCCGGAAGCCAGCAAAUGAUAUAACGUCUCAGCUGGAGAUCAAUUUUGGAGACCUUGGCCGCCCAGGACGUGGCGGCAGGGGAGGACAAGGUGGACGUGGGCGUGGUGGGCGCCCAAACCGUGGCAGCAGGACCGACAAGUCAAGUGCUUCUGCUCCUGAUGUGGAUGACCCAGAGGCAUUCCCAGUUCUGGCUUAACUGGAUGCCAUAAGACAACCCUGGUUCCUUCGUGAACCCUUCUGUUCAAAGCUUUUGCAUGCUUAAGGAUUCCAAAUGAC